GAAGUCCAAAGGCUCUCAAAGGGCCCACAGUUUUGGGACCAUUGAGUUACUUAGCCAGCUCUGAGCACUGUACUGUAUGUAGAACUGCAGUGGGGGGCCUCCUUGGCUGGGGCUUCCGCCUCUCUUCCAUCCAGCGGGAGGCGCGGCCUGGAGCCAUGCUGGGCCUGGCAGCAGCAGCAGCAGCAGCAGGAGGAGGAGGGCUGAGAUUGAGAAGGCUGCUCCUGGCUGCAGCAGGCCUGAGGGAGCUCUCCGCCAUGUCUUCACAGUCUCAUUGGCUGACCACAGAAGAAAGGAACCAGGUUUUAUAUGAUCUCAAAGCUACAGGUUGGUCUGAGCUCACAGAAAGAGAUGCCAUAUACAAGGAAUUCACCUUCAAAACAUUCAAUCAGGCAUUUGGUUUUAUGACUCGGAUUGCUCUUCAAGCUGAAAAGAUGAAUCAUCACCCUGAGUGGUUUAAUGUAUACAACAAGGUCCAAAUAACUCUCAUUUCCCAUGACUGUGGUGGACUGACAAAGCGAGAUGUCAAGCUGGCUCAGUUUAUUGACAAAGCUGCAUCAUCUGUCUAACUGGGUGUCGAAAUAAUGCAAAACAGCAUUUCCUUCCAAAUGUUUCCCUCUACAUUAUAUGAGACUUUCAUUCUCCCUCUCUUUUCUUUCUUUCAAAGAUGUUGAUCCUUAAGUUCCUCCAUAGUUUCAAAGGCUGAAACAUAAGCAUAGAGAUGUAUUGGGUGGGCAGCCUGCUGGUGGUCUGCAGACUAGAAAUUUUGGAUAAAGAAGACUAAGGUGCUCUGAGAUCCCUUCACUCGGUAUACUUACAUGUGACUGGCGCUAUAACUGCUGUACCCUUGAUAAUGUUAAUACUAUUCCAUCAGUCAUUCCCAGAGAGCAGAAUGUUGAAAGCACAAUUUACUUGCUCCACCCUCAUUAAUCAAGGUCAGCAUUUGUUUCCCCCCGUUCUGUAGACUAGGGUUGGGAGAACUAUGGCCUUUGAGAUGUUUUGGAUUCUUUGAAGGCCUAACUAGGAUGGCCAAUGUUAAUAGUUUAAGGUAUUAAGGUAGUCCAAAAUAUCUCAUGGGCCAAAGGUUCCCCAUCCUUUGACAUUUAGAGCCCUAUACAAUUCAAAUUCUAGUUGUAUAGGGCUGUGUUCUCCAGUUCAAGCCCAACCAGGUUUUGGGGUCUCAGAGGGAAGCUCUUCUCUUAUUCUGCCACCUUCAUAUUCCAGUUUGAUUAGAUUAGUUUGGGCUUCUUCCCAGGCUGUGGGAACUCCUUACCAGGAAAGACUAGGCUCCCAACCCUUCACCAUAAUCUUUCCUUCUUCCUUCAAGCAAUGACCUUUUUAUACUGACUGGCCUUUGGCUCCUAAGUUGUAUUUUUACAAAGUACUUUUAAGCCAGCUGGGAUGCUAUAUUUUCUCUCUCUCUGUUUAAAAUUAUCCGGUGUUUUAAGUGGGGCAGUAUGGUGUAUUGGUUUGAGUAUUGGACUACACUUCUGAAGACCAGGGUUCAAAUCCCUUCUUAGCCAUGGAAACCCAUGAUGUUGGAUAAUGUAGGGCAAGUCACACUCUUUCAGCCUAAGAAGAAGGCAAUGGCAAAUCCUUGCUGAACAAAUCUUGUCAAGAAAACCACACAAUAGGGUCACCAUAAACUGGAAAUGACUUGAAGGUAGAUAACAACAAAUUACUGCUCCAUGUUUAACCCCUGCUUGUUUUAUGCAUUUCAUGGUUAGCCACCUUCAGUCCCAGUUUCGGGGUGGGGGGAGAAAGGCAAUAAAUAUUUACAGCCAGUGGAUGUAACACAAUUUACCAUAGCAGUGAUAUCCCCAGUGUCUGCUACAGCAGUGAAUGAGGGUAAUAUGAUUUCUCAUGGCAGCUUUUGUUUGAUAACCAACAAGUGGUAAGCAGCAAAUUAUUGGGAUUAAAAUAAUAGGGACAGUUUCCAUGUGUAUAUUGGUGCUUCUUAGAUGCCCUUUCACAUACUAUGUCUUCAUUCUCCUUAUAUUCCAAAUGCUGCGCUGAAGGUCUUGUGGGACUAUUGAUGUAGCACACAAUGUGGCAAGAGAUGAAGCUGAUGAGUUGGGGUCAAUUCAAAGGCAGUUAACAAAAACAGCAAGGAAAAAUUG